AUGGUGCAGGAUGCGGUAGUGGAGAAGGAAUUUUUCUUAGACCCCGUUAAGAGGCAUGGAAAUGAAAUUACAAAUGAAAUUUUUUCAAUAAGUGUAAAUAACAUCAUUUCCUCAAAUUAUAGUGAAGGAUAUAUUUUGAAAAGUACAUUGUAUAAUCAAAAAGUAAAAGGUUUUACAUUACUUGAAAUGACUUCUAAAACAGCAUCUGGGAAACUUAAAUUAGCAUCUUCUUUUUUAUUUGCUAUAAUGUCUGUUAGUAUUAUGAUGCUUACUAAAACUAUCCUUACAGAAUUUAAUUUUCAUUGUUUUAUCUUUGUUGGUUUUUUACAAUACGUAACAACUAUGGAUGUAUUACUUCUAAGACGAUGUAUAGGUUCUAUCCAUUUCCCAUUAAAGGGAUUUGUACGUAUUGUCCUUGUGGAACUUUUUCCACUCCCUAUGGUAUUUAUGUUUAAUACCCUUACUGGCCUUGGGGCAACUCAAUCACUGAACAUGCCACUUUUUGUCCUACUACGUCGCCUUUCUAUUUUUUUAACACUUCUUGGGGAGGUGAUAUUUUUAGGCUACAAUCACGGAUGGGAAACACGUAUUGCCGUUAUUCUUAUGAUUAUAGGGGCUUUUAUCGUUACGAGCUUUGAGGUGAGUGUACCGGUCCGUGGAAUUGUAUUUGUACUUUUCAACGAUGUCUUAACUGCAUUGAAUGGAAUAUUGACACGUAUGAAAAUGGAUGAAAACCAAUUUAGUUCUGAAGGGAUCAUGUUUUACACAAAUGCCUUUGCAGCAUGUUGUACGGGAAUUAUGUUAUUGUUUGAUUUCCGAUGGGAAUGGACGGAUUUAAUGCAUUUUGAUGGUUGGACUCCUAUAUUUAUUACGUUUCUUAUCAUCAAUGCUUUCUCUGGAUUUGGUAUUACUUAUGCGACGUAUCUUUGUACAAAACUUAAUUCCCCAUUAACGGUAUCAAUGAUUGGUGCUGGGAAAAAUGUCUUUACAUCUUAUGUUGGUAUGUUAUUUAGAGAUUAUACCUUUUCUAUACCUUCUUUUAUUGGGAUAAAUAUCUCUGUUUUAGGUUGCCUUUUAUAUAGCCAUCGUGAGUUUGUGCGUAUCAUGCGACGGCAGGAAGAUGGGGAUCUGACGCAUUCAGAACAGUGUGUAGCAAAGAGGGAAAAUCCAUGA